CCUGCACUUGCAGAGGAGCCCUCGCUUCAGCUACUCCAGCAAAACUUACAGCUUGGCCGCACCCCACUGCAAGCUGCGACAACGCCUCGUUUACCAUCCCUUAUAGAAGGUGACCUCAGAAAGCUGCUAGAUGGGUGCUCCGGAUGGGAAUGCUUGAGGCGGUAUGUUCAGCAGCCUGAUGCUCAUUAUGGCUGGAAGGAUAGCUCCAUCAGGCUACAAGGCAAAGUGGCUGGCGUAAAUUGGCAAGCUGCCUUGCUGCAAAUGACCAGCCAGGAGUGGCUACCGGAGGAGGUGUCGCCAAGUGUUUGGAAUCAUUCGCUGGUCGUCAUCUCCCCUGAGCAGUCAAAAAACAAGGGUUGGUGUCUCCUCUAUGUGGCCUUGGGUUUCUAUGGAUCCUCAGGGGCAAGCGAUUCUGUGAAAGCUUCAGACCCUGACGUUCAAGCUGCAGCCGAAAUUGCUGUGGCAGCUGGGAUCCCUGUCGUUGUGCUGUUCAAUGUGCCUGCAGAGCUCUUGACCUUCAAGCAUUCUGAAUACAAAGGCCCUAUGGUAGAGGAUGGGACUUUGUCCUAUGCUUGGGCUAGCUUUGGUCGCGCGCCUUUUGGGCCCUGGCAGCCGGAGCCCAAGCUGCUGUUGGAGCUGCCCAUGACGAAGGCGGCUGUGCGUGCUUUGGACACGAUAAGUGAUUUCGCGCGUGCAGAAUCCUUCCCGGGUCUUUCAAGCAAGAUGAAGUUUGCAGUGAUGGGAACCAGCAAGAGAGGACAUGUCUGCUGGCAUGCAGCAUCGGUAGAUCCCCGCGUGCGGGCCAUCAUUCCGAUUGCUAAAGCCCUGAAUAUGCAAGAUUUCGUGGAACUCACACAGAAGGAAUUAGGCGGACUGCCGCAGGCGGUUUCUGCGUACGCCAAGACUGGCAUGUUGGAACGAAUCUCGGAAUCGCUCCAAGGCCAGUGGUUCCUCAAUAUUACGGACGCAUACUCCUAUAGAGAGCGUUUCGCUGGACUACACAAGUUGGUCAUCAAUGCCGCAAACGAUGAAUAUUUCGUUCCUGAUCACACGCGCGUUUGGUGGCCGGCGUUGCCGGAUCCCAAAUCGCACCUUAUGGUGCCCAACAGCGGGCACAUUAUUGGUAAACAACAGAUCCAGGCUUUGGCUGGGCCGGUAAGUGCCUUUCUCAUCGGCGUCAUGCAGAGCCAGGAUGGAGAAAAAGCUGCACUUCCGCGACUCUCCUGGAAAAUUCAAUCAACAGGUGCCAUCACAGCCAAGCUUGACAAAGCCGGCCCAGCACCAUCACAGGUAAUCUUCUGGCAGGCCACCACCUGCAACUCAAAAAGGCGAGACUUUCGGUUGCACAACGCUGACACGGGAGAAUCUUGCCGCAAAUGUGGCCACGCGGGAUAUCCAGGUUGUGUGAACCAGGCUGUUGCUUGGAGCGGCUCUGAAGUUCAACAGACAGAUCAUCGGAGCCUCACUUGGGAAGCCAGCGCGACUCCCCCAUCUGAUGGCCGAUGGACAGCUUUCUUCUUAACUUUCCACUGGCCUACAGGCUUAAAGCUUUCAACAGAGGUAUCGGUGAUGCCAGUGACACUUCCCUUCCCGGACUGCCCACAGAAGUGUGUGCUGCGCACCGUUUGA